AUGAGUAAGAUGGUGAUGAUUAGAGAAGACAACAACAACAGCAAAGCUCCAGAUGUUUUUUUGAAAAAGAAAGCUCCAGAUGUUGUUGGCCAAUCUUCUUCAGUACUAGAGUUUGUCUGUUUUCUUGGCCGAGGUGGUUUUGGUUCGGUCGCUCUCAUAAGAGACUCCAAACAAAGGUUACACGCUGAGAAAUCAUCUCCAAUAGCUUACAUGGAGAGUCUCAAGAAAGAGCAUAGGAUCAUGCUUCGUUUCCGUAACCAUCCACGCAUCGUCCAAACCACAAACCCUAAUCUUCACAUAGGUAUCAACCUCGACCAUUGUUACAUCUACAUGGAGUUUGCCUCCAAAGGUACUCUCCACAACUUCAUCUCCAACUUCAGUGGCCAACCAAUGCCUGAGGAUAUGAUCAGACGUGCUGCUCUCAUGAUCCUUCAAGGACUCGAGGCUCUUCACUCUCGCGGCUACGUUCACUGCGACCUCAAGCCGGCUAACGUUCUCCUCUUCCCUUCCAAGAUUGUCGGAGAGCCGUGGGAUCUCAAGCUUGCUGACUUCGGUCUAUCUAAGGAGCCUUCUUGUACGAAUCCAAGGUCCUUGUCUGGCGGUACAAAGGAGUACAUGCCCCCUGAGUCUUUGGGACCCAACCGAGUGAAGAUGAUUGGACCGGGUGUUGACAUGUGGGCUCUAGGGUGUGUUGUGCUUCAGAUGUUUGGAGGCCAUCCAGUGAAGAUGGGAGAAUGUUUUUACAAGUGGAGGCUUCCGAGACUUGUAUCUCCGCUGGCCAACGACUUCUUGAGGCGUUGCAUGGCGUUGCACCCCUCACGCAGAGCCACCGCAGCUGAUCUGUUGAAACAUCCUUUUGUUUGCACCAAGGCUACAUCAUAUGAUUCAUUCAGUACUGUCCUCCUCCUGUCUUAAGACACAAAAAAGUUAGGUUUAUUCAGUUCAGUUCGUGUCUUAAUAACAGUAUAAUUCAUGGCUGGUACUUGACUUAAUAAUCUUUUCAUGUAUCUGUCUUUAAUAUCAGAGUAUAUUUUUCUAGAGUUUGAUUCUUUGCCUCAGUGAUUGCUAUUUAGAUGUUUUAAAAGAGACCUCUUUAAUAAGUAAGAAUCUAAUAUAUUGCACAGUUUAAACUAGUCAAACAGAAAAGCAUCAUAUCACAUAUUCAACAAGAUGUAUCUCUCAAAACAAGUUGAAGUUUGUUUGAUUUACGAUGAGCAAUCAAGCAAUCAUCUCUCUUAACAUAGUUUAGACACAACAACAAGAUAACACACAUAAUAA